AUGCUGCGGAGGGCUGCUGCAGCGCUUGCACGGCGGCACGAGGCCCUGCUGCAGGACGCCCUGACUGAGGGCCAGCCCGCUUGCUGGCGGGCGUUGCAGCAGACACGGGCGCUGCACCCGUCGGCGGCGGCGCAGCUGGCGGAGCAGCCCCCCAGCAGCAGCGGCAGCGCCCAGCACCUCCCGCCAGGUGCCACGGAAAGCGUGGUGGUUGGCGCGCUGUCCGCGCGGGCCGCCAAGGCAGCGCAGCAGAAGCCCAGCACCGGCGUGCCUGCAGUCACCAAGUUCCUUGGCUUCUCAGGCGCGCUGCCGUUCUGGGUCUUCUCACCCUCCGUGGCACCGCUGCUGCCGCUGGACCUGCUGCUGGAGCCGUCCAUGCUGGCCAGCACGGGGCUGCUGCAAGUGGGCUACGGCGCCACCAUUCUGUCCUUCCUGGGUGGCGUGCACUGGGGGCUGGCCAUGACAAACGUGGGAGGCGACGUGGCGUUUAGGAUGGCGGAUCAGCGGUACCUAUGGAGCGUGCUGCCCUGCCUCAUGGCCUGGCCCACUGUGGCCAUGCCGGCGAUGCUGCUGGGGGUGGUGUAUGCCGUGGACAGGGCAUGGGCCAAGAAGGGCCUGCUGCCGCCCUGGUACAUCCGCAUGCGGCUGCCCCUCACCUGCAUGGCGGCAGGCGGCCUGGUGCUGACUGCAGCCACCAGCUAA